UUUCAACAGCUCUAUGUAGAUGACGUCAAAGUUCUGUGCAAUGGGUGAAACGGAGGAAAGCCGCUCUUCAGUGAUUACCCCGCCGCGACGCGAAGAGUACGCCUGCGCGAUGGCUGCCACUGUUGAAACGAGUUUUAAAGACAAAAUCCGGAACGCGGUGGAAAUCCCAAUUUUGACAAGAUGCUGCUUUUGUUUCCCCAUGAGAAGAGGGUUAAUAGCCUUUGCUUAUAUCAAUCUGAUGCUAACACUAUUGGCGUCAGUGUUCAUGUCACUGUACAUAGCGGCGGUACGGAGAGAAGGCUCCAAGAUUGAGGAGAUCCAGUCAGAAAUACCCAGACACAUCUUCGCGACAUGCGCGCAGCUGGUCGAGAUGAUCAUGACCAUAACAUUCAUUGUGGCGCUACAUCGAAAACAUGUGAUGCUAAUGAAGGUAUACCUGUGCUUCGAGGUGGUGUACUCCAUCUUAGGGCUGGUCUACAGCCUCGCCUUCCUCAGCGCCGAGACUGCUGGGGAACUCUUCCUAAUGCUCUUCGAAUUCACACUACAAAUAUACCUGGCGAUCCUUAUAUGGAGCUCAAUCGUGAAGAUGGAGCGAGAUGGCACAGUAAAGUACACAAGAGAAAGGGAUCCAGCAUAGUUUUGGUUCUCGUCGUAUCAAAUUGCUAAGGAAUUGAUUAAACGCAGACUACCUAUUACCAAAAAAAGUUACCCAAUCUAGUUAAGAUUGUCGUUUGUUUUAAAUGUGAUUUUAAUACAAAUCAGAAAGAGUCCACGCCACGAAACAAAUAUAUGAAACCCGGAAAUGGAACUAUGGAACAGAUAGGUCACGUUGUUGUUGUCAGCGCGUUAAUGUAGCGCCGCUUCUGUGGGAUUUCAUUUGUGACGCAAAGUUUACGAUCUGUAAAGCUAGUAUGAAGGUAACUAGGUAUUAUAUAAUCUAGUACGACGUAACGUUUCCUAUAGACAUCGCCCAUUAUAGUCGUCUUUCGACGUACGUUGCUUAGUUUCUAUGUGAACGCAACUUAUGGAGAAGCAUUGCAAUUUAUCUUCGUAAGGCGGCAACAGGGUAUUGUGGCACGCACCUAUCAAAAGUCUUACAGGCGCGUUUUAUAUCAAAGUAGCUUUUUUUACCAAGUAGGUAAGAACUUUGAUUCCGAAUGUGUGAAAUACUUUUUAAUUACCUACAUUUAUAACAUUAAUACAAACGAUAAGUAAAACUAUAGAUAUUGACAUAAUUAUUACUCCAAAGCGGAGGACUUUUUAUCAAAUCAAAUUCUUUAUUUUGCUGAAAAUGCUGUGUUUUAUUUAUUGUGUUAUUUUCUUAUUUAGUGGCGAAAUAUAUUUUAUUAUAUUUAUACUCACAAACACGGCACUAGUUUAAUGAUGACCAUCAAGAGCAGAGGCUUCGUGGCAGCUCUGACCAGACUUAUGUUCUUAAAGCUCUGGACCUUGUUAACAGAGGCUGUGGUAGAAGAUUCUCAUUCAUUUUAUCUAGAUAAUAGCUAAGAAAUUGGUUUGCAAUCCCCACUAAAAGUGAGUUUGUUUGUUACCUCUUCAUGUUCCAUAUAUUCAACAAAUUUUCUUAAUCGAUAAUAAGUAUUAAGGUAAGAUAAUUCCGGAAAAUAUCUUUAAUUCCGGAAAAAAUAGUACCUAUUGUUACCGACAUAAUAAGUUAUGGUGGCACAAUAUUCUACCCUAUGUACCUAUAGAAGUUUUUGUACAAAACCGUCAAAAUUGUUGGAAACUGUUAAACAUCGAUAAACUGAACAUUCAAUAUCAUGAUUGAUUAAUUAUACUUAGUGGUCAUUACUCUAUAGAAUUUAAUAUUUUUUAUAACACUUUACCAAAUUAGGUUAAGAAAAACAAAUAUGUAUAAUAAAGAUUCAUAACCCGUUAAAAUUCAUAAAAAAGUUAAAGCAUAGGUACCUAUUUAGAUUCUUGCUAAAAUAGUUUUAAAAAGGGCCCCGCGUGUUAGCAAUAACCAUCACGCGGGGCCCUUCUAAAUCUAUGCUAUAACAGAGAUAAGGUAUAGGUACACUAGAUAGAUUGCAUUUUAACAAGACCUAUAACACUAAAUCUAUCUCUUUCACCAUAAUGUCAUGCAACAGAAAGAGACAAGCGGUACUAAUUCCCUGUUUAGAGGGCCCCUUCUAAACAUGGAGUUAUUAAAUACUUACGAAGUACUUAUUAAAUUCAUGCUUCUAAAUCUAUAUGCUAUAAAGUAUGUUUUGGCACUGUCAAACUUGAGUGCUUUGGCUUUUUUAUGAAUAACAGGAAUAGAUCAUAAUAAUGACACAUAUCAAUGGAAGGUUUAUUAUUUAGAUUACCAACAUUCUGUCAGGUAAAAAUGAUUUUAUUUUGGAUUGUAAAAUUAUGGUGAAAUAUUACAUUUGGUAGUCUUCAAUUUUUGUUAAAAAAAUCUGUAAGUGUACCUUGUAAAUAAAUACUUAUUAGUACUGUA